GUGGGUCCCGCUCCUGCUGCUCUUAGCUACUCGACCUCGCCGGCUGGGGCUCGCUGUCACUCUCGCAACCCGACGACCUCCACCGCCGCCGCCCUCGCGCCCUUCCAGAAGCUUCUCCUGGUGGUCGCCGCCGCCAUGGGCCCCGUCAGGGUCGCCCUUCUCCUCGUCGCCGCCGUCUUGCUCGGCCACGGGGGCGGGAGCGAGGCGGUGUACAUCCCCUACAACACGUCGGCGGGGGUGGUGAAGGGGAAGCUGAAUGUGCACGUGGUUCCCCACACCCACGACGACGUCGGCUGGCUCAAGACCGUCGACCAGUACUAUGUUGGAUCAAACAACUCCAUCCAGGGCGCGUGCGUUCAAAACGUGCUGGAUUCGCUUGUGCCGGCCCUGCUCAAGGACGAGAACCGCAAGUUCAUCUACGUCGAGCAGGCGUUCUUCCAGAGAUGGUGGAGGCAGCAAAACGACGUUAUUAAGGAUACGGUGAAGGGGCUCAUCAGCUCUGGACGGUUGGAAUUCAUAAACGGGGGCAUGUGCAUGCAUGAUGAGGCGACUGUACACUACAUCGACAUGAUAGAUCAGACUACAUUGGGGCACAGAUUCAUCAAGGAGGAGUUUGGUCAGAUUCCAAGGAUUGGUUGGCAGAUUGAUCCAUUUGGACACUCUGCAGUUCAGGCUUACCUCCUCGGGGCAGAAGUAGGAUUUGAUGCUUUUUAUUUUUUUCGGAUUGAUUACCAAGAUCGUGACACAAGGAAGGAGACAAAAGAACUUGAGGUCGUAUGGAGGGGCUCUAAGACCUUUGGCUCAUCAGCUGAUAUUUUUGCUGGCAUCUUCCCCAAAAAUUAUGAACCACCACCUGGUGACUUUUAUUUUGAAGUUGAUGCUGAAUCCCCUGUCGUCCAGGAUGAUCCGCUUCUUUUUGAUUACAACGUUGAACAACGAGUGAGUGAUUUUGUCGCUGCAGCUUUGGCACAGGCUAAUAUCACAAGGACAAACCAUAUCAUGUUUACGAUGGGAACAGACUUCAAAUAUCAGUAUGCAGAAAGUUGGUUCAGACAGAUGGACAAGUUAAUUCAUUAUGUCAACAAGGAUGGCCGUGUCAAUGCUCUGUACUCUACACCUUCCAUUUACACUGAUGCAAAAUUUGCUGCAAAUGAGCCAUGGCCUCUCAAGACUAAUGAUUUCUUUCCAUAUGCAGAUAACCCGAAUGCAUACUGGACAGGUUACUUCACAAGCAGACCUGCUUUAAAACAAUAUGUCCGCAUGAUGAGUGGAUAUUACUUGGCAGCUAGGCAGCUGGAAUUUUUCAAUGGUAGAACCAACUCAGGUAUCACAACAGAUAGUUUAGGUGAUGCUCUAGCUCUUGCGCAGCACCACGAUGCUGUUACAGGAACAGAGAAGCAACACGUUGCAAAUGAUUAUGCGAAGAGAUUGUCAAUUGGCUAUAAGAAAGCCGAGGAGCUGGUUUCGACUUCUCUAGCUUGCUUGAGUGAGUCAGGCUCAAAAUCUCACUGCUCAUCCCUAACGACAAAUUUUGGACAGUGUCCUCUCCUAAACAUUACAUAUUGCCCCCCUUCCGAGAUGAACUUUUCUCAAGGCAAAAGCUUGGUUGUUCUUGUGUACAAUUCUCUUGGAUGGAAACGGGAGGAUAUCCUUCGCAUACCAGUUACGAGCGACUCAAUUGUGGUUCAUGAUUCCGAGGGAAGAGAAGUCGAAUCACAACUUCUGCCUAUAGCUAAUGCCUCAUUGUACAUGCGGGACAAACAUGUCAAGGCUUACUUGGGAACAUUGCCUGCCGCAAAGCCCAAGUUUUGGAUUGCUUUUCCUGUUUCUGUACCACCACUCGGUUUCAACACAUAUUUUGUCUCGAGUGGAAAGAGAUCAGCAAUUGUUUCUACAAUAUCUACUCUACACUCUCAUGGAAGUGAAAAUAGCAAUUUGCAAGUUGGGCAAGGGCGUUUGAAACUUCAAUAUGAUGCAGCUGGAGAAUUAUCCCUGUACUCUGAUAGCCAGACCCGGGUGGAAGCAAAUUUCGAGCAGAAGUACAAGUAUUACGUAGGACAAGAUGGAAACGGAAGUGAUCCGCAGGCUUCUGGAGCAUACAUAUUUCGCCCUAAUGGUACUGUUCCUAUCAACACUGAUGGUCAGGUCCCUCCCACGAUUAUGCGUGGACCAAUAUUGGAUGAAGUGCAUCGGCGGAUUAAUUCAUGGAUAUAUCAGAUCACCAGGGUUUACAAGGGAAAAGACUACGUGGAAACUGAAUUCAUAAUUGGACCAAUACCAGUAAACGAUGGAAAUGGAAAAGAACUAUCAACUGAAAUCAUUACAAGCAUGGCAACAAACAAAACAUUUUAUACCGAUUCCAGUGGACGCGAUUUCAUCAAAAGGGUACGGGAUUAUCGCUCGGAAUGGAAGAUCGAAGUGAACCAACCUAUUGCUGGAAACUAUUAUCCGGUUAAUCUUGGAAUUUAUAUGGAAGAUGGCAGCAAAGAAUUGUCUGUACUUGUAGACAGGUCUGUUGGAGGUUCGAGCAUAAAGGAUGGCCAGAUCGAGCUAAUGCUACACAGGAGGCUACUCCAUGAUGAUGGCCGCGGUGUUGGAGAAGCAUUAAAUGAGACAGUCUGUUCCAAUAGUCAAUGUGAAGGACUAGUUAUUGAAGGAAAAUACUAUCUCAAAUUUGACCCACAAGGAGAAGGGGCUAGGUGGCGUCGUACAUUUGGUCAGGAAAUAUACUCCCCACUUCUUCUUGCGUUCUCAGAGCAGGACGGGGGAAAUUGGGUGAAUUCACAUGUUCCAUCCUUCUCUGCAAUGGAUCCGACUUAUAGCUUACCUGAAAAUGUUGCAUUGCUUACCCUUCAGGAGCUUGAAGACGGAAGUGUUCUUGUUCGGUUGGCUCACCUAUAUGAGGCUGAGGAGCAUAAGCUUCUUUCAUCUACGGCAAGUGUCGAGCUGAAGAGGGUAUUCCCAGAUAAAAAGAUUGGGAAGAUCAUUGAGACGAGCCUAUCAGCGAACCAAGAGCGCGCUUCCAUGGAGAAGAAAAGGCUGAAAUGGAAGGUGCAAGGGCCUCCCCCAAAAGAAGAUAUUGUCCGUGGAGGAUCUGUGGAUCCUUCCAAGCUCAUCGUCGAGCUGGCACCAAUGGAGAUCCGCACAUUCAUUAUCACCUUCGACCACGGGUUCACGGAACAUGUGAUGUGAGCUUCUGCGAGAGGUGGCUUUGCAAUGAUCACUUGAUCAGUGAUGUUGUAAUGUGUUCUUUUACUCAAAUACUGCAUUGUUAAGCUUGACCCCUCCUGUGAUU